AUGGCGGCUCAGGCCAAACCUGAUUCCAGCUAUGCGUCUAAUCGUAUGACGAGGAGGAAUGCUCCGCGUAGGCAUCUUUUGUCCAAUUUCAAUAAACCUGAAUCUGAAGAUGCGAAAAUUGAAGCCACGGGAAUCAAUAAGCAGACCUUUCAACCUAGUGUCGAGACAAAGCCGGAGAUUGAUACAGAUGGCGACCCUUUAAGCUCCGAUGAAGGCUCCAAACCGGAUGUUGCUCAGCCUAGCAUUGAGAAAAGAGCGGGGAUUGAUACAGAUGCCGAACCUUUAAGUUCCGACAAAGAGGAAGUCGAAGAGCCCAUGCCAGACAUCGCUCAACCUAGCAUCGAGAACAAGCUAGAGGGUGAUACAGACAGCGAACCUCUCAGCUCCCCGCCUCCUAGCUCUCCACCUCUCAGCUCCGAUGAAGAGGAAGCGAAAGACCCAAAAUCGAACAUUGCUCAACCUAGCAUCAAGAAAAUGUUCGAUAUCGACACCGAUGCCGAUCCUCUAAGUUCUGAUGAAGAGCAAGCUAGCGACAGCGAUGCUUCCCCACGUCGCAAAGAGCUGAACUAUACGACUACGACUUUGGAGAAGAAGCUUGCGGAAGGAAACAAUAGGGCAUACAGUAGUCCACAAACCCAUAAUGGAUACUCUCGCAAACGCGAUUUUGUGCGAACCCUCAGCGCUAUGACGGGCUCCGAUGAUGACGAGCCGUUUUUCUUCUCCUCCCAGAGCUACAAGCGCCAAAGGGCCGCAACAAAAUAUGCGUCCAAGACCUCAUACUUCAACAGGCCACCUUACCCAGCACCAUCGACCGAGAAAGCGAAAGAGCCGUCGCCAGUCGAGGAAGCCCCAAAAGAACCGGAGGAGACCUUUAUAAUGCCAAAGGACAUCGAAAAUUCGAGUUUCUCCCACGGCCCGUUAACGGCGGAAGAACGCGAAGCAAUGUUGCUUGACGAUGAUUCACCUCUCUCAUCCCCAUCUUCUUCCACUUGUGAGCAAAUGUCGCAGCUUGAGGAACUCGCAGCGAAAGAGAAGCGCCAACCAUCACCACCCCGCCAAGCCCUGUGCCCGAUGUGCCAUAAGGAAGUAGACUGGGCUUCGCUAGAACUGUUCAAAGCACAGCCGAAGCAACGGAUUCGUGAGCAGGUGAUGUUCUGUGAAUCACACAAACUUCGCAGUGCGAUGGACUUGUGGCGUGAGCGAGGGUACCCUAAAAUUAACUGGGACGGGUUUGAAGAGCGUGUUCAGAGCUACUUCCCCGAAAUCGAAAAACUGCUUGUCCCUGGUGCUUUCUCUUAUUACCGAAACAUUCUUGGUACAUCUUUCGCACCAGGGAAAGCGAGAAACUUCCGUGUGAGAGUGAGUGAUGGCGAAAGGCUUGAGACGAUGACCUGUGGUUAUUAUGGCACCAUGGGUGCAACCAGAAUACUAGAGUCAAUCAUCCGUCGUUUCUCGGUGGUUGUACGUCGCCUGGCGACAACAGAUGAUCUUAUCAAGACGGCAGGCGUAGCUGGCUACACACAGUCCGUCCUUGUGCCUGAGCUGGCUGUGCUCAUGGUCAAGGACGACAUGAAAGUCAACGACGAAGAUGCCCGUCGGAUUAUGAGGGAGAGUAUGGACAUUGGUGACAGAGUCAAUCCAGACCUCAAUGUUGUCCCGAUACCGGAAGAUGUCGAAUUAUGA